AAUGACGAAGAGGAAAAUCGUGAUAGUAUUUUUGCAAAUGAGGAAAUGGAUGACAUGGAAGAGAGACCGGACGAGGAACAGGAGGAGGAGGAGGAAGAGGAGGAAAGUAGAUUGUUGGAUGAUGUAAGUACCAGCAAUUUCGUCCAAACUUAA